GCCUGGCUAAUUUUUAAAUUAUUAUUAUUAUUAUUAUUUUUGUAGAGACAGGGUCUCACUUUGUUGCCCAGGCUCCUGUAGUCCUCCUGCCUCAGCCUCCGAAAGCUCUGGGAUUACAGGCGUGAGCCACUGUGCCAAGCCACCAUUGUCUGUGUAUUUGUCUGUCUCUACCACCAUUCUGUUUCCUCUGAGGAAUACCUCUCCACCCAGCCUGUGACUUCUGCAGGCCUCUGCUGGAAUGACACCUUUCAUCUACAUAUAGUAGCCAGCCCUGCUUCACCCCAUCACUUCAUAUCCCCUCACCCUGCCUCACUGUUCCUCCCUCUGACCACUUCCUGAAGGAAUGCUUAGCUAUGUGUUGAGUGGGCUGCUGAGGGCAUGGAUUCUGCAGCCAGACCUGAGUGCGUGUCUUGGUUCUACCGCUUAUUAGCUCUGUGACCUUGACCAACUUAGGUCCCUUUGUCAUUAUGUAUUGGCAUAUUAUUGCCUGUCUCCCACCAGAAUGUAAGCCCCUUAAGAGCAGGGAACUUGUCAGUUUCGUCCUCUGAUCUGCCCUAAGGCCCAGAACAGGGCUUCCCACAUCCUAGCCCCUUCUUCAUUCAUCCAGCAAGUAUUUCCUGAAUGCCUACAGUGAUCCAGGGCCUGUCCAGAAAGCUAGGGGUGUGGCAGUGAAAAAACAACCAGGGAACUGCCUCAUAUACACAGGCAAACAAAUAAGUAAAACAAAACAAAACAAAACAAACAAAAACAUUAUUUUAGAUGAGAAUGAGUAGUAUAAAAAUAGAACAGGGUGCUGAGAGAGAAGACAGAGAUAUUAGGUUGGUGCAAAGUAAUUGUGGGUCUUGCUGUUAAAUUGCAAAAACCACAGUUACUUUUGCACCAACCUAAUACUGUAGCCUGGGUGGUCAGGGAAGGUCUCUCAGAGGAGGGGACAUCUGAGCUGAGGCCAGAUGAUGUGAUGGUCAGGGAAGGGUGGUCCCAGCAAGGAGAAUGGCAGGUGCAAGGGCCUGGAGGGAAUGAGCAGAAAGACAGCCAGUGUGGCUGUAGCAUAGUGAACAAGACCGGUGUGAGGGCAUGAGAUGGAGUUCAGCGGCAGGCAGCAACCGGAUUGCACAGGACGUUUAAGCUUGUCCAAUCUUCGGCCUGUGGGCCACAUACAGCCCGGGACAGCUUUGAAUGCAGCCCAACACAAAUUAGUAAACUUUCUUAAAACGUUAUGAGGUUUUCUUGCGAAUUUUUUUUUUUUUUAGUGCAUCAGCUAUCAUUAGUGUUAGUGUAUUUUAUGUGUGGCCCAAACCAAUUCUUCCAGUGUGGCCCAGGGAAGCCAAAAUAUUGGACACCCCUCUUAGGCCAUCAUACCAAGAUUGGAAUUUAUCCUGAUGUGAUGGGAGGCCUUUGCAGGCUUUUAAGCAACCUAGUGACAUGAUUGGUCUAUGUGACAAAAAGGGCACUGAGGCCACUAUGUAGAGAAUGCACUGUAGGGCAUCAGGAGAAAUUGUGUUGAAUGAAUAAAUGAAUUUGGUCUGAGUUUACCUUUAUUAUUAUUAUUAUUUUGUUAGAUGGAGUCUCGCUCUGUUGCCCAGGCUGGAGUGCAGUGGCACAAUGUCAGCUCACUGCAACCUCUGCCUCCCAGAUUCAGGGCUGGGAAUGGCCACAUGGAACAGGCCAUGCCAGAGGCUGCCUCAGCGGCCUCUGGUAGCUGAACCCACUGCAGAGGGGGAGCCACACCUGCCCACGUGCCGGGAGCUGACUGAGGCCAACCGCUUCGCCUAUGCUGCCCUCUGUGGCAUCUCCCUGUCCCAGCUAUUUCCUGAACCCGAACACAGUUCCUUCUGCACAGAGUUCAUGGCGGGCCUGGUGAAGUGGCUGGAGUUGUCCGAAGCUGUCUUGCCAACCAUGACUGCUUUUGCGAGCGGCCUGGGAGGUGAAGGAACAGAUGUGUUUGUUCAAAUUUUACUGAAGGACCCCAUCUUGAAGGACGACCCGACGGUGAUCAUCCAGGACCUUCUGAGCUUCUCACUCAAGGAUGGGCACUAUGAUGCCCGGGCCAGAGUCCUCGUUUGCCACAUGACCUCCCUGCUCCAAGUCCCCUUGGAGGAGCUGGAUGUCCUUGAAGAGACGUUCCUGGAGAGCCUGAAGGAAAUCAAAGAGGAGGAAUCUGAAAUGGCCGAGGCAUCCCGGAAGAAGAAAGAAAACCGGAGGAAAUGGAAGCGUUAUCUCCUGAUAGGCCUGGCGACUGUCGGUGGCGGAACGGUGAUCGGUGUGACUGGAGGUCUAGCUGCACCCCUUGUUGCCGCUGGAGCAGCGACAAUUAUUGGCAGUGCCGGGGCAGCGGCUCUGGGCUCAGCAGCCGGUAUAGCCAUCAUGACCUCGCUGUUUGGUGCAGCUGGAGCUGGCCUGACAGGAUACAAGAUGAAGAAGCGAGUGGGAGCCAUUGAAGAGUUCACGUUUCUGCCUCUGACGGAGGGCAGGCAGCUGCACAUCACCAUCGCCAUCACGGGGUGGCUCGCAUCUGGCAAAUACCGCACCUUCAGUGCCCCAUGGGCCGCCCUGGCCCACAGCCGUGAGCAGUACUGCCUGGCCUGGGAAGCCAAGUACCUGAUGGAGCUCGGCAACGCCCUGGAGACCAUCCUCAGUGGUCUCGCCAACAUGGUGGCCCAGGAGGCCCUAAAGUACACAGUGUUGUCUGGCAUUGUGGCUGCCCUGACCUGGCCAGCCUCACUCCUCAGUGUCGCCAAUGUCAUCGACAACCCCUGGGGGGUGUGUCUCCAUCGAUCAGCAGAGGUUGGCAAGCACCUGGCCCACAUCCUGCUCUCCUGGCAGCAGGGCCGACGACCUGUCACCUUGAUUGGCUUCAGCCUGGGAGCCAGAGUCAUCUACUUCUGUCUGCAAGAGAUGGCUCAAGAGAAAGAUUGCCAAGGAAUCAUCGAGGACGUCGUCCUGCUGGGUGCGCCUGUGGAGGGAGAAGCCAAGCAUUGGGAGCCUUUCCGGAAGGUGGUGUCCGGGAGGAUCAUCAAUGGCUACUGCAGGGGAGACUGGCUGCUGAGUUUCGUGUACCGCACGUCCUCGGUGCAGCUCCGCGUCGCCGGCCUACAGCCCGUGCUGCUGCAGGACAGGAGGGUGGAGAACGUGGACCUGACCUCUGUGGUCAGCGGCCACCUGGACUAUGCCAAGCAGAUGGAUGCCAUCCUGAAGGCCGUGGGCAUCCACACCAAGCCAGGCUGGGACGAGAAGGGGCUCUUGCUGGCCCCAGGCUGCCUGCCCUCGGAGGAGCCUCGCCAGGCAGCAGCCGCUGCCUCAUCAGGCGAGACCCCCCACCAGGUUGGGCAAACCCAGGGUCCCACAUCCGAAGACACCUCCAAAUCGGCCAUGUCCACAGACCACAGCCAAGCCCAGGUGCCGGUAGGGCUGGACCAAUCUGAAGGGGCCUCCCUUCCUGCUGCUGCCAGCCCUGAAAGGCCCCCCAUCUGCAGCCAUGGCAUGGACCCCAACCCACUGGGCUGCCCUGAUUGUGCCUGCAAGACCCAGGGCCCCAGCACGGGGCUGGACUGACCACAGCAGGGGACCUGAGCCAUCUUCCCCAAUCUCCAUAUGCAGCUCUCUCUUAUACCCUCGGGUUCCUCCCAGGAGCUCUGGAGGUGCAGGAUUUCCACAGGUCUCUUUCCUAAAUUGAAGGAAUUGGAACUGAAAGGGAAAGGAAAUGGAAGGAAGGGGAAUUUGGAAGACAGAACACGCCCACCCUUGGGAAGCUGCCUGUCCCCAGAGGAGCCCCACCAGGGAGCAGCCACCCCCUCAUCAGAGACCUGCAGAGUCAACCAAGCACAGGUUAGAGUCCACCAAGCACAGGUUAGAGUCCCAGGACUGGAAACUAACUGUGGGCUUUCUGUACUUCUUCUCAUGGCUUUGGAGUCUGGCUGUCCAUCAGGAGGUCCCGAGGGCUCUCUGGGGCCUGAGGCUCCCACACCAGCUCUCCCCUGGCCUCAAUAAAACCAGGUGCAUGCUUGCUCUUCCAUCCACGCUCCAGGGCUGCCCACCAGCUGACAGGCACCAUCAACUGGCAGCAACAGAGCAGGCGCAGGUACAAAGAGGGCAGCUCACUCCUGCUCUUAGGAGAUCCAAUCAGGUCUGCCCUGUACAGCCAUGUAGGCUGUGCACUGCACACCUCCAGGGACAUGAGUCACACAGACACAAUGUGAGUGUGCUCCCCCAUCAUGCAACAACUGGACACAACUAACAGAGCAUGGUGAAUACAUGCUGAAUUGCAUUCAGUAUGGCUGUGAACUAGGCCUGGGGACAAGAAUAAAUUUUACAUGGAAAGAAUUUCCUAUAGCAGGAACAGAGGGGAUAACAACAGCAAUAAAUAAUAAGAAGAAGAAGAA